AUGCCCAUCUCAGCCCUCGACUCCCUCCUCUUCAAAAACCUCUUCGGCACCUCCUCCAUCCGCUCCAUCUUCGACGACAAAUCCUACAUAAACUACUGCGUCCAAGUCGAAGCCGCCUUAGCUCGCGCUCAAGCACAGCACCAUGUUAUCCCAGCUUCCGCGGCAGAACACAUCACACAAACAUGUCAGACCAUUGAACUAGACUACGACCGCCUGUCCACCGAGACAGAAGUGGUGGGCUACCCCAUCCUCCCCCUCGUCCGUCAACUAGCCGCCCAAUGCGGAGAGGGCGGCGAUGAAGCGGGACGAUAUGUCCACUGGGGCGCUACAACGCAGGAUAUCCAAGAUACCGCUUCCGUACUCCAAAUGAAGGCCGGACUGGAUCUCGUGGAGACUCACCUCACUGCUCUGUGCAAAUCUUUGAGCAAAUUGGCGGGGAAGUAUCGAGACACGCCGAUGGCGGGUAGGACUCACCUUCAGCAUGCCCUGCCCGUGACGUGGGGGUACAAAUGCGCUGUCUACCUCUCCUCUUUUCAGCGACAUUUUGAGAGGUUGAGGGAGUUGAGGCCGCGGUGUUUGAUGGUGCAAUUUGGAGGUGCGGCGGGUACGUUGGCUAGUCUGGGUGAAGGAGCAGAGGGAAAGGGAAUGGCUGUGAGAAAGAGCUUAGCGGAGGAGUUGGGAUUGGGAGAUCCGGAUAUCACGUGGCACACCGCGCGGGAUGGGGUGGCGGAGAUUCUGAAUUUUCUGGCGUUGGUGGGUGGAAGUCUGGGGAAAGUCGCGAUGGAUGUUAUGGUUAUGAGUUCGAAUGAGUUUGGAGAGGUGAGUGAGCCGUUUGUGCUGCAUCGAGGCGCGAGUUCUACAAUGCCGCAGAAGAGGAACCCUAUUUCCAGUGAAGUCGUGCUCGCCGCGUCGAAGAUUUUGCGGGCGAAUGCUGGUCUUGGUCUCGAUGCGAUGGUUACGGACUUUGAACGCGCGAGUGGGUCGUGGCAUUUAGAAUGGGUUGCUGUGCCGGAGAGUUUUGUUGUUGCGGUGGGUGCGCUGAGCCAGAUGGAGUUUGCGAUGAGUGGGUUGGUGGUUGAUACGAAGGCCAUGGGGAAGAAUCUGGCGAGUACACGAGGGUUGAUCGUGGCGGAGAGGGUGAUGAUGGAAUUGGCGGGAGGGAUAGGCAGGCAGAAGGCGCAUGAUGUGGUGUAUGAGGCUUGUAGGGAGACGAUUGAGAGUGAAGAAGAGGAGGGGAGGACGUUGUGUGAGACGCUUUGUGGGAAGAAGGAGGUGAUGGAGGUGUUGAAGAGGGAGAGGGUGGAGGAGUUGUGUGAGCCGGGGAAUUAUCUGGGGCAGUCGAGGGAGAUGGCUGAUGUUGUGUUGAAGAUGGGUGAGAAGAAGGGGAUUGCGUAG